AUGAGUUAUCAGGCAGCCUCGUCGGGCAUGAGUGCCACGCUGCUGCUGGGUGCCUCCGCAGUAGCGAUGGCUCUGGCGCGUCGCCGAGCUACCCUCGCCAGGCGAGUCUGGACCUACAUGCCCAUCGAGGGGAAGGAUUGCCCCGGCUUGGGCAAGCAGGCCUCUGGGCCUCUUUGGCGCCAGUACAUGAACCUGCAUCGUCAGUCCAAGAAAACUAUGGGCCGCAAGGUCCGCUAUCUCAAGCAGCAGCGAAUCCUGCGUGACCACAAUGUGUGGUGGGGCUGGUAUGGCAAGUGGCACACCUGGAACCCCCACCCGGGCAUCAAGAACCUCUACCAGGGCCCGGAGUCGCACCCGGACAAUCCAGAUUUCCCUGCGCCCAACAGCGGCCUCCAGGCUUUUGGAGGCAGCCGUCCAGUGGCGCCUGCAAGCAGCCGCAGCGCCUUCGUGGCUGGAAGGGCACCAACCAUGGGCUCUGCUAAGCGUGCAGUUCUGUCUGCUACUCGAGCGCGGUCUGGGCUGGUGAUGAAGGCCCAUAAGAAGGCGGCGGCGAGUACUAAGAAUCAGGGCAACUCGAGGAAUCCUCAUCACUGGGGCGUGAAGGCCCUGGCUGGCAAGGCCGUGAAGGUCCGCCAACGCCUUGUGAAGCAGCGAGCGAUGACCUGGUACCCAGGAAACAAUGUCAAGAUGUGCAAGGACAUGUCGCUGAUUGCCAUGAGAGACGGCAUCGUGCAGUGGCGCGGUGACUACCGCCACAAGGAG